UGCAGCGAGAGUCUGGGGGUGCAGUGUAGUGUCUAGUGUAGUGUAUCGUGUAGUGUAUAGUGUAGUAUAUAGUAGUGUAGUGUGUAGUGUAUAUGUAGUGCUGAACUUCACGCGACAGCUUCUUACUUUUCCUUCGUUAAUUUAUUUCACCAACAUCAUUUAACAUUGCCCCACACGCUCUCCGCUCGCUCGCCGCGUUCCGCUGGCCUCGCUCGCUCCGCGUCUCCGUCGACUCUCCUCUCCGCUUCCCCCGUCACAGUUCAGCCGCUCUCCCGCGACUCUCCCGCGGCUCUCCCGCCUCUGCAGCCACCCUCUAUCGGCUUCUCCGUCACACUCCAGCCGCUUUCUGCUGGCUUCGCCGUCACACUCCAGCCGCUUUCUGCUGGCUUCGCCGUCACACUCCAGCCGCUUUCUGCUGGCUUUGCCGUCACACUCCACGUGCUUUCUGCUGGCUUCGCCGUCACACUCCAGCCGCUUUCUGCUGGGUUUCUCGUCACACUCUAUAGUAUAGUAUAAUGUAGUAUGUUGUGUAUAGUCAUGUAUAGUAUAGUGUAGCAUAUAGUAGUGUAUAGUGUAGCGUAUAGUAGUGUAUAUUAGUGUAUAGUGUAGUGUAGUAUGUAGUGUAUAGUGUAGUGUAUAGUAGUGUAUAUUAGUGUAUAGUGUAGUGUAUAGUGUAGUGUAGUAUGUAGUGUAUAGUGUAGUAUUAUGGACGCUGAACUUCUUUCACCACCGUACAUAGCCGACCGUGCUCAUCGGAGGUGCACGGGUUUACUCCAUGACCUGUGCUGAUAUCUGGACACCAACCGCACCCUUCAUAGCAAGCGACUAUUCAGAUGGCUUCGCACGCCAGGUCGACGUUCGCCAUCAAGCGAGAAAACGACGAAGAUCACCCGAGCCUCGGGAUGGGGCUGGGCGCGAAGGUCAAACACGAAGACGCCGACGCUGCUGGCGCAGUCGUGAAGCAGGAGGACGAGGGGAGCCUGAGCCCCGAGAUCCUGAGGAUUGUGGUGAAAACGGAAUUCGAGGAUGACGCCACAGACGCAAUCGAGAGUCCGGAGGAGACGGAGGAAUCUUACGGAUGUCUCUUCACCGCAGACCAAAACUUCAUCGAGGUGGAGUUGUCCGAGGAGGAUGUCGACAAUGCGGCAGGAACGGAACUACUGUGCGAGGAGUGCGAGGCGGGCAGACGACGCUUGUGGACGAGGGCGGACGACGCCGGACGAGCGGCCGCCACGCCGGGAGCCUCCUGCGCGCGGUGUGGCAAGCCGCUGGAAGCCACGGCACCGUCGUGCGCGGCGGUCGCCGGCGACCGGCGGAGGCACGCGUGCGCCGAUUGCGGGAGGGAGUUUGCGCAGCGCUCCCACUUAGCGGAGCACGCGAGGACACACACGGGCGAGAAGCCGCACAUGUGCACGGAGUGCGGGAAGGGCUUCGCGCAGCGCUCCUCCCUGGAGGCGCACGCGAGGACGCACACGGGCGAGUGGCCGCACGUGUGCACCGAGUGCGGCCAGGGCUUCGCGCAGCGCUCGGAUCUGGAGAAGCACCGGAGGAUGCACAGCGGCGAGAAGCCGUACGUGUGCAAGCAGUGCGGCAGGGGCUUCGGGCAGAGUUCCACGCUGACGGCGCACGUGAGAACGCACACGGGCGAGAAGCCGCACGUUUGCAAGGAGUGUGGCAAGGGGUUCUCGCAGAGUUCCUCCCUGGAGGCGCACUCCAGGACGCACACUGGCGAGAGGCCGUACGCGUGCGAGCAGUGCGGCAGGGCCUUCGCCCUCCGCGCCACCCUGAACGCGCACGCGAGGAUGCACACUGGCGAGUGGCCGCACUCGUGCAAAGAGUGCGGCCGGGGCUUUGCGCAGCGCUCGGAUCUGGAGAAGCACCGGAGGACACACAGCGGCGAGAAGCCGUACGUGUGCAAAGAGUGCGGGAAGGCUUUCUCGCAGAGUUCAACGCUGACGGCGCACGUGAGGACGCACACGGGCGAGAAGCCGCACGUUUGCAAGGAGUGCGGCGAGGGGUUUGCGCAGAGCGGUCAGCUGAAGAGGCACUCAAAGACGCACGCGCUCAAGUGAAAACCUCGCGUGUCCCGAAUGGGUUUUUUUUUAUGCCUCCCAUUUGAAAACCAGUGGUUUUGUCGCUUAACGUGUAUACAGUGUGCUUCAAAAAAUGUUUUAACACUUAUAUGGGAUUAUCAUUUUGAAUGUAAAGAGAACGGAUAAUAAACCGUAACAUGAUAACAAAUGUAAUGUUAAUAGCUUUAAAAAAGCCAGUCUCCCACUUGUUCGCCGUCAUUGUCAACUCACGCCUGUAAUCUUCUCCAGAUGGUCUCCAGAGCCCGGAGGCACAUUUCUCGUGGUAUUGUUGCAAAUUCUCAGAAGUGUCAUCACUUUUUUUGAAGCACCUUGUAUAUAUUUAUUUUGUUUCACCGCAAAUUCUUAUACUGUACAGUGUAACAUCUUAGUAGUAGUAGUAGGCGUUCGUGACCAAUAUUAUCCAUGUUAUAGGGUUUUUUUGGUUUAGAUGCCAAUUAGUUUGUCACGUAAACAAAACUUGCCAAUUCGUGACUAGUACAGCACUAACCGGUUGUGUGUCGUAGAGUAAACCCGCUACGACGUUUAGAAUUCGAGUACCGUGACAUCCAGGCUCGUCAGUCGACGGCCAGAGUUGUGGAGAAAUCCUCCUGUUUCGGUUUUAAGUAAACGAUACAUUUUCAGAAUGUAACGAAUCACCUCCACGAGUGGAUAGAUAAUCUGGAGAGCAGGCUGACUGUGGUCACACACACCUUUUGCUCGUGCUCAGUGAUAACACUUUCCUUGCACCCACCCAGCAGAAGACUCGGCCCACUGCACUCCUGUCGUGUUUGUGAGUUCUGUGUUGUUGUUGUGACUUUCUGACCUCGUGCUCCGAACUCAACAUCUGUGAUUAAAGAGCUUCAUAACUCAUCGGAUUCCUCCUCCAGUAUAAAGACAAGAUUCUGAUUCCGAUUCUUUGUCUCGGUCGCUAUAUACACACACACAUAACCAGAAUCGUAACGUAUUUGUUUUAAGUUUCUAAGAGGUCAAAAUCGAUCAUAUUCCUCUCUCGUUCAAUCACUAAAACCUCUUCAUUCUUUACCUCAUUCAAUCGCCAGGCUCCUGUCACGGAUUGCAGGCCCAGCUGUUGCUAGGGAUGCCAUUGCCAGGGACCCCUGUUGCUAGGGAAGCUGUUGCUAGGGACACCGUUGCCAUGGACGCCCGUU